AUGGCGCGGCUGUGGAGGGGGAGGAGGACGAUGAGGAGGAUUAGGGAUUCAGAGAAGCCCAACAUUCGGAGAUUGCAGAACGGCCUCCGGGCCUCGACAUCCGUGCCGCUAAGCACGCUUUUGAACUCGUCCUUCAAUUUAUCGAGACCAACGUUAACACUUUCAUCUUCGCCGCCACACAAGAGGUUCACGAAUGCAAACAGUUUCGGGUUUGCUCGCUCUAAACAAGAAAGGACCUUAUUUGCAUCAUCAUCAUCAUCACCCUCGCAAUUAGACAAGACUGAAAGUAAGCAGCCGCAAAGCCUAUCGUCCGGCCGAACUCCAUUUUCGACGGAAGUGUUAAAAACCCUCACCAAGUCAUCGAUUUUCUUGGAUUUUCCCAGGCAGCGCAUUAGAGAAGUGCAUCCCAUGACGUUAAGCUGUAAACCCAUAUCGGACAUUUCUUGA